AUGCUUGGCAAUGCCCUCAUCUUCCCCCACAUUUUCUACUGCCUGGCGGUCGUACAGGGGGUUGGCUCUGUCCUUGAUGGGCAACUCCAGCGUAUGAUCAAUCGUGCUGUAAGAUUUGUCACUGGCCUGCCGAGGGAUGCCUCGAUCUCUGGCCCUCGGCGUGACCUAGGAUGGCUAACCAUCUCAGACUAUAGGAUGCUGGCCAUGGGGACGCUGAUGUAUCGGGUUCUUGGCUCGGGUUCACCCGCAUACCUAGCGGAGCUCUUUGCUGCGUACACCUCAACUCAACCCCGAAGGCAGGUGCAGGCCCAGCAGGCUCUGGUGGUGCCAAGCUUUAGGACGGAGUGCUACAGGGCCGCAUUAGCGAUGGCUGGUCCUGUGAUCUGGAAUGGUAUCCCAGUUUCCAUCAGAGACCAAUCCUCGCCUGCGGCUUUCAAAACCAAUCUGAGGGGCUGGCUUAUGCAGAGAGAGAGCCAGAGAGCGUCCUAG